AUGGAAGCUGCAGGAAGAGCUCUGUGCGCAAGGGAUCCAUUUAAUCCGCUUAUUGCAACCUCCACGCAGGCUGCUGGUAUUCUUGUCAUCUCUCAUUGCUUCCACCUCUUCUUGAAACAAUUCGGUCAGCCAGGACCUGUUGCACAAAUCUUGGCUGGAAUUGUGCUAGGUCCCUCGUUGUUGUCCCGCAUCACCAAAGUUAAUCAAUUCUUUAUUCAGUCGUCUACUGAAGACUAUUAUAAAGUUCUGCAAUUCAUUUUCCGCACAAUUUUUAUGUUCUUGUUAGGUCUAGAGAUGGAUAUUCCAUACAUGAGGCGUAACUUGCGCAAAGCUAGCAUUAUUGCAUCUGGUGGAUUGAUUAUAGGUGUCUUGUUUGGUAUUGUUGCAUUUAUUUCCCUCAUCAUUUUGUUAAGAAUAAAAGCCAGUUUUGAUUACGCCAGUUCCAUCAUAAUAGUCCUAGCGAACUCGGCAUCUCCUGUAGUUUUUCGACUGGCAGCUGAACUGAAGUUUCUGACUUCGGACACAGGAAGAUUGGCUGUCUGUGCUUCUUUAAUCUCCGAAAUGUCUUGCGUGCUAUUGGGGUCUAUAGUUCAUUCAGCUAGCUGGGAAUAUUUUGGGAAAGGGAUUCUUUUGCUUUUACUGACCAUAGCACUUGUAGUUAUAAACAAAUAUUUGGCCUUUUGGUGUAACCAGAGAACCCGGAACCAAAAAUACGUGACACACGCAGAGUUCUUGGUCUUCUUGUCCCUUUUAGUAACGGCGGCACUUGUUAUUGAAAAGUAUGGCUACCUCAGUACAGCAUCUAGCUUUUUAUUCGGCUUGAUGUUCCCUAGGGAAGGCAAAACUACUCGGUCAUUGUUGCAUAAACUCAGUUACGCUACGUACAACUUCAUACUUCCAGUAUACUUUGGCUGCAUAGGUUUUCAGUUUGAUGUCUCUUAUAUAGGAGGUUUCAAUAGUUUCAUCAUGGUUAUCAUGAUGAUUUUCAUGUCCAUCGCAAGUAAGAUUAUCGGCACAUUAUUUGCCUGCCAUUACCUCAAGAUCCCAACAGACGAGGGCAUUGUACUUGGCUUUUUACUCGAUUUGAAGGGAAAUGCCGAAUUUCAUAUCAUGCGAAAUCUGCCGAAGGAUACUUUGAAUCCAAUGGAUCAAGAAAAUGUUCAAAAUCUGGUGGUAUCUGUCGUGGUGAUGAACACUGUGAUAGCAGGCGUGGUAGUGGCUCAUAUAUUAAGGAAAAAAGAAGAGUAUUUUUCUCACAGCCAUACCUCCCUUGAAUUAGGUGAACAUGAGAGUGAACUUCGAAUGCUGGCUUGUGUCUACGGAUCUCGGCAUAUAUCAUCGAAAAUUGGGUUAAUCUCUGCUUUUAGUGAAUCUCUCAAAACACCGGUCACAGCUUACCUGAUGCACCUAGUUGAGCUCCCAAAGAAACGUACCAAGAAGAAUUUGAUGUACCACCAGCUACAAGAUGGUGAUCAAUACAGUGACGAGGAGGACUACGGCGGAAAUGAUGUUGUGGAGAUUAAUGAUGCCGUGGAUGCAUAUACCAUAGAGACCAAAGUAUUGAUCCGCCAAAGGAAAGUUGUGUCUUACUUUGAGAGAAUGUACGAGGAUGUGUGUGAUUCCAUUGAGGACUUGCGUGUUUCAAUCAUAUUUCUGACUUUUCACAAGCACCAGCGCCUUGAUGGGAAAAUGGAGAGCGGAAAAGUCGGAAUGAGAAUCACAAACCAAAAGAUUCUGCGCCAUGCGCCAUGCUCUGUAGGGAUCUUCGUGGAUCGAGGGCAGACAGGAUUUCAACAACCUAGUUCCCAAUCUGUGCAAAAUAUAGCAGCGUUAUUUUUUGGAGGCUCUGACGAUCGCGAGGCAUUGGCGUGUUGCAAAAUGAUUUCAAACCAUCCUUACAUUCAUUUGACACUCAUCCACUUCCAGCAUUCACCGUCAAGCGAACAGACAGGGUACAAUAAUGGCACACCCCACAGGGAUGAUGAGCUACUGAUGGAUAUGUCAAGUCACGACAUUGAGGCUGAGAUUGACAGGGCUGUUGUGCAGGAUUUCUAUAACAGAUAUGUGACGCCAGGUCAAGUUGGAUAUGUAGAGAAGUAUGUUGAGAAUGGGACUCAAACAGCAGAGGCUCUAAGAGACAUACAUGAUACCUUUUCAUUGCUCAUUGUAGGAAAGGGUGGUAGAGGACACUCACCUAUGACAACUGGUAUGAGCGACUGGGAAGAGUGUCCAGAGCUGGGGACAGUCGGGGACCUUCUGGCUUCUUCAGAACUUAACACCAACAGUUCGGUUUUGGUCAUUCAACAAUAUCGGCAUUCGAGAAAUGACCUUAAUUAG